AAAGUGCAAAAACGCAUUGAUUAUAGUAUUUAUAAAACUCUGCAUAUUUUGCAGAGAGAGCAGGAAGAGAGGUUUGGUUUCGUGUGUGAGCUGUUACCCUUUCACAUGCUCUCAGUUCUUCUUUAAUUCUCUCUUUUUACAUCUUGUUGUCUCUCCCUCUCUCUCUCUCGCUAGCGAUGCGGUUUCGUCCUUGGAAGCCAUGAAAACAGAAUUAGUUUCACCGAUCUUGUUCUUCUUCUCAUUCUCUUGUCUCCUUCUUGUCUCCUCAGGUUUAAACUCUGAUGGAGUUCUCUUGAUGAGUUUCAAAUACUCCGUUCUUCUUGAUCCUCUGUCUUUGUUGCAAUCAUGGAGCUACGAUCACGACAAUCCCUGUUCGUGGCGAGGUGUGUUGUGUAAUAACGACUUCAGAGUUGUGACCUUGUCUCUCCCAAACUCCAAGCUCGCCGGUUCGAUUCCUUCCGAUCUGGGUUUCCUCCAAAACCUCCAAAGCCUCGAUCUUUCCAACAAUUCGCUCAACGGGUCCUUACCGGUUGAGUUUUUCGCCGCCGGUGAGCUCCGGUUUCUAGACCUCUCUAACAACUUGUUCUCCGGCGAGAUCCCCGCGACGGUCGGCGAUAUGCACAACCUCCAGACGUUAAAUCUCUCCGAUAAUAUCUUGGCCGGAAAGUUACCGGCCAAUUUGGCGUCUCUUGAGAGCUUAACGGAGGUUUCUCUGAAGAACAACUACUUCUCCGGCGAGCUUCCCGGCGGAUGGAGAUCGGUUCAGUUUCUAGACAUCUCCUCGAAUCUGAUCAACGGUUCAUUACCGCCGGAUUUCUCCGGCGACAGUCUCCGGUACCUGAAUGUCUCCUACAACCAAAUCUCCGGCGAGGUUCCUCCUGAUGUCGGCGACGGUUUCCCUCGCAACGCCACCGUGGAUUUCUCCUUCAACAAUCUAACCGGUUCGAUCCCAGAUUCUCCGGUUUUCCUUAACCAGAAAUCAAUUUCGUUUUCCGGAAACCCGGGUUUAUGCGGAGCUCCGACCCGGAACCCAUGUCCUAUUCCUUCCUCUCCAGCCGCCGUCACACCGACGUCUACGCCUGCACUCGCAGCCAUACCGAAAACAUUCGGGUCAAAUCCAGAAUCUGACUCGGUCGGACCGGAAAACAAUAAGUCAAAUAACCGAACCGGUUUAAGACCGGGGGUUAUAAUCGGGAUCAUAGUCGGAGAUAUCGCCGGAAUCGGAAUCCUCGCUCUUGUCUUCUUCUACGUCUACAGAUACAAGAAGAAGAAUAACAUGCAGAAGAACACACACAGUUUAGAAGCUAACGAGGUUAAAGACACAACUUCGUUAUCACCAUCAUCGUCAACAACUACGUCCUCUUCCUCUCCAGAACAAUCUAAUAGAUUCGUGAAAUGGUCAUGUCUACGUAAGAGUCAAGAAACAGAUGAAACCGAAGAGGAAGACGAAGAAGAAGAAGAACAUCAAGGGCCAGGAGAGACCAAGAAAGGGACGUUGGUGACCAUUGAUGGAGGAGAGAAGGAGCUCGAAGUAGAGACUUUGCUUAAGGCCUCUGUUUACAUUUUAGGAGCAACCGGUUCGAGUAUAAUGUACAAGACGGUUCUCGAGGACGGUACGGUUCUAGCGGUUCGCCGGUUAGGUGAGAACGGUAUGUCUCAACAACGCCGGUUUAAGGACUUAGAGGCACAUGUACGAGCGAUUGGUAAAUUGGUACAUCCUAAUUUGGUUCGUCUCCGUGGAUUCUAUUGGGGCACCGACGAAAAAUUGGUCAUUUACGAUUUUGUCCCUAAUGGUAGUCUCGUCAACGCACGUUACAGGAAAGGAGGGUCGUCGCCGUGCCAUUUACCGUGGGAGACUCGGCUCAAGAUAGCAAAAGGUUUGGCUCGCGGGCUUGCUUACCUUCACGAGAAGAAACAUGUGCACGGUCACUUGAAGCCUAGUAACAUACUUUUGGGGCAAGACAUGGAGCCCAAGAUUGGUGAUUUUGGUCUCGAAAGGCUUCUUGCUGGAGAUACUAGCUAUAACCGAGCUAGUGGGUCAUCAAGAAUUUUCAGUAGCAAGCGGUCAGCAUCAGCGUCCACACGUGAAUUCGGGCCUACACCGAGCCCAAGUCCAAGCUCGGUUGGUCCUGUAUCUCCUUAUUGCGCACCUGAGUCGCUCCGCAACCUCAAACCGAACCCGAAAUGGGACGUUUUCGGGUUCGGAGUGAUCCUCCUCGAGCUUCUUACAGGGAAAAUCGUGUCGGUAGAUGAGGUCGGGAUUGGAAAUGGACUGACGGUAGAUGAUGGGAACCGUGCGCUGAUCAUGGCUGAUGUGGCGAUCCGGUCCGAGUUGGAAGGCAAAGAAGACUUGUUACUUGGUCUAUUCAAGUUGGGUUAUAGUUGUGCAUCUCAAGUUCCACAAAAGAGACCAACCAUGAAGGAUGCUUUAGUAGUAUUUGAGAGAUUCCCUAUGAGUUCUUCGGCUAAGUCUCCAUCGUACCGUUACGGACACUAUUAAUCUUCAUUCGCACACUAACUUUGCAAGCCCUCUGUGAAGGCCGAAGUAUAUAUACAUUAAGCAACUCGUUCUUGUUAUGUGUUCACUAUAAUAUUUUUGUAUUAUUUUUAGGAUAUCACCAACUUUGGUUUACUUUUAAUUUUUAAAUUAGUGUUUGUGCUGGCAAAAAAAAAGAGUAUUCGUUAUGAUUUUCUGUUGAUAUAAUAAUUUGUACUA